AUGGGUAUACCUGGCUUUCUAUCCAAGGUACAGCCCUAUGCGACGUCUCUACAAUUCGAAAUUACGAAUGACGACAAGCCAAAACAACUCAUCAUUGAUGGACCUGCAUUGGCGCAUUUCAUCUUCUCCCAAGAGAUUUUAGCGAGUGGGGCGACAAACACAUUCGCCUCUACACUCACUUACCAUGCGAUCGGGGAAGCUACUGUAGAUUGGCUGUCGAAGUUGGAAGCUUACAAUGGGCAGGUUAAGGCAAUCUAUUUUGAUGGCGGUCUACCAAUAUCGAAGCGUAAAGAACGUCUCGAUCGACUUACAAGCAGCUUGAAUCGCCUGAUAUCCUUCAAGGCAAAGCAGAACAUCCAUACGCGCGCAUGGGCUCUCGGCACUUUCCCACCCCUACCAUUCUUGGUGCCGGCGGUGAUAGAGGCGUUGCUGCUGAGCAAAUAUCAGAACAUGGUGUCACUUGUUGAUGGCGAAGCUGAUGAUCAUUGUGCAACGCUGGCGCACUCUACUGGUGGGAUAGUCAUUACGUCAGACUCAGAUCUCAUUAUUCACGAUAUUGGCGACGGAACUGUAGUUUUUCUGAAUGACCUUGGAGUGCACAUGCCGACAGAUGAGUCUGGAGCGAUGUUCAGUGUCCCAUGCUUCAUACCUCGAGGCAUUACACGUGAACUUGGUGUUACCGCAAUGACUCAGGUUGCAUUUCAGUUUACCCUGGACAGCCACAAAUCGCUCAGGCAAUGUGCGUCCGCCGCUCUAUCCCAAGAUUCAGUUGGAGACGACAUAGACAGGUUUGCGCAACCAUACUUGCAUAAUUGCCAUGAGACUUCGUUCAGCAGAACCUUUAUGACGAGGCACCUCACAGAGAACAUCAUGGUUGAUCCCAGAGUCUCGGAGUAUUUACUGCAUGCCGGAGUAUUUUCUUCUGAUCGACUGGCCUUCUCGGAGAUCAACUCCUUGCAGUCGGACUGCAGGAUAUACAUGCCUGUGCUACUUGAUGACCCUGAUAAGCAUUCGCCUUGGGACUCUGGUCGAUACUUCCGGCAGCUUGGAUACGCUAUUGCUCGACUCAAUGGAACGCCUGGUGGUACUCGUGAGUUCUCGAGAAUUGGCCACCAGAUAGGUGGCACUUAUAUCGAUUCGCUUUCCCAGCCAGAGAUUAUCGAGCAUUGCCAGACUUUCAUCGAAAAUGCCACGCAUAUAGCACACCUGUUUCCAGGCCACAAACAAAACGAUCGAUGGCGUCUAAUGUGCAUGAGAUAUGUUUGCAUUACCCGGAUCUCUCGAGGUAGAAGACUCCCUUCCAAACGAAACAUGGUGGAUUUGUUUAGAGGUGCUACACAUGGAAUCGAUUGGGAAUAUAUCCAGACUUCUGCCGAAUAUCAAGCCGUACUUUACUCGCUCAGGAUCUUAUUUCAGUGCUUAGCAGUACAUAAUUCCAUGCCUUCAGAUGAUCAAGUCACGGAGAAAUGUAAAACUACGAUUAGAGAUCUCGUCCAUCGUAUGCAACCGCCGUUGAAAUUGGCAGAGUUCCUUGCUCACUCAGAGCAGUCUGAAGACGACAGCAUGUGGGAAAGAGCUGUGACUGUAUUACUGAACGAUCUGGCAAGCAUCUCUCCUCCCACAAAAAAUUCACAAAAGGCAAGGAAGGGGACGAAACAAGGCAAAAGAAAACGAGGGAUAUAG